AUGUAUACGUAUUCAGUAAUUGUACCUAGUUAUCGUUUAGAUAUUGAAAAUCAAGAAGACUUAGUGGAAGAAAUAGCCCGCAUUUAUGGCUAUAAUAAUCUUCCAAGUUCUUUGCCGGUUUUUCAACAAAAUAAAAUAAUCAUUGAUAAAAAUCAAACUUAUCGUGAGUUAAUUAGGCAACAAUUAAGCAAUUUAGGUUAUCAAGAAAUUAUUACUUAUUCCUUGGUCUCUCAAGCAAUCAAAAAUGAUUUUUGUCUUUCCAUAGAAAAUGAAUUUUAUCAAUUGCUAGUUCCUAAAAGUGAAAAUCAUGUUUAUUAUCGACAAAAUAUUCUCCCUAGCCAUUUAAAAACUAUCGCUUAUAACUUAACCCACCAAAAUGAAAAUGUUUUUUUUUUUGAGAUCAGCAAAAUUUAUUCUCCAAAUGAAGAAGAGAUUUUAACUUUAAGCGGGACAGGGAAAAUAAUUGCUAACCCAAUCCAUAAAUUAGAACAAGACCACGAUUUUUUUUGA